UGCAUGUAUGCAUGCGUUACAGCUGUGAAAGGUUCCACAGCAUGUAUGCAUGACUCAAUUGGUACGACUAAGGCUAACACUUAAUAGACAAAGGCCAUGUGGGUUUUGUUAUGAGGAAAGAUUGUUAGGCUUUGUUGUUUUAUGUCAUCUGUGCAAUCCCUUUGUUUACCUGGUUCAAAAGAAUUGCUAGAGUUUUUAAGUAUUCAGUUCAUUAAGAACAUUAUGGCUUAGAGACUGAACCCUCAACCUUUUCAUCUCUAUUCAAAGAUAGGGCUUUUAACAGCAUGUUUUAGCUAAUAAGAUGUCGUGUGGGCAUGAAAGUCAUUGAAAUAGUUGAUGUUGUUUUUGCAGUGGACUUCAUUGUUGAUAAUGAUGCUAAUGGUGAUAUAGCUGGAAAUGUGGCCGUGGACAUUGCUAGGGCUAGAGAUGAAAACGAAGUCGUUGAAAAUUCUGUUGAAGGAGAAUUUGAACAGUAUGAUCAUAAAAUGGAUAAAGAGUCUUUGGCUAUAGAUAUGAUCCCAGAUGCAGUUCCAGCUAUGUCAAUGGUUGCUGCAGAUGAGCCAUACAUAGGACAGGAGUUUGAUUCAGAAGCAUCUGCACAUGCAUUUUACAAUGCUUAUGCCACACGCAUAGGAUUCAUCAUCCGUGUAAGCAAACUUUCUCGAUCAAGACGUGAUGGAUCUGCUAUUGGCCGAGCGCUUGUUUGCAAUAAAGAGGGCUUCAGAAUGCCUGACAAGCGUGAAAAGAUUGUAAGACAAAGGGCAGAAACAAGGGUUGGUUGCAGGGCAAUGAUUUUGGUGAGAAAAGUAAGUUCUGGAAAAUGGGUGGUUACAAAGUUUGUGAAGGAGCAUACUCAUUCCUUGACACCUGGAAAAGCUCGAAGGGAUUGCAUUUAUGAUCAAUACCCGAAUGAACACGAUAAGAUUAGGGAAUUAUCACAGCAGCUGGCCAUGGAGAAAAAGAGAGCUGCGACCUAUAAAAGGCACCUGGAAUUGAUUUUUGAGCAGAUUGAGGAACAUAACGAGAGUCUAUCAAAGAAGAUCCAACAUAUAGUACACAGUGUGAGGGGCAUGGAAAACAAACCACAGCAGAGUCAGACAUAGUUUCAGCAUUAUUUGUUCCAGAGCACACAGUUCAUAAUGGUAUACAGAAUGCUGCUGGUUGUAUAGCAUACUCUUCCUCUUGGCUUAGAUACCAGAUGCUGACCUUGUUCUAGCGUUUAGUUUUAGGUGUCUAGUUAGUUUAUUAAAACCUUGUGAAGAUGUUUGGUUCAGUUGACAUUCAUUUGAAUACAUUGUAUAACUGUGCUCCUCUUUCUGGAGCACACGGUGAGCAGGAGAAAUAGAGAGUUCCUGUACAGUUCUUCUGGUCCAUGUUUGUCAGAGGAUUAGCCGAAAGAUAAACGUCCAGUUCAUAGAGAGCAUAGGCGUCGCCAUGGGAAGCUGAAAAUAAUACCCUGUUUCCAUUUUUUUUGGAAGCCCAUUUGAGUCGAGUUCUGUGUAUAGCAUAUGGAUGGUUUUUGGUUUUGCUAUUUAUAGUUGUUGAAUAUCAUUGUCUUUAAAAAUCCAUUGUAUUGUGGGUUCAUAAUUUUCUUCAUGGUC